AUGCCAGGAGGUGGUGUUGCCCUCACUGGGACGCAUGACCUCAACCGGGUCGAGGCUCCUGUCACCGUCCGAGCCUAUCUGAUCGUCGCAUUCGCUGCGUUUGGAGGUAUAUUUUUUGGAUAUGACACUGGCUGGAUGGGUGGUGUCCUCAAUAUGGACUACUUCAUAAAGCAAUACACUGGAGCUGAAUACCCCGACGUCGUAUAUCCCGGCCUUGACUCCACCAGCCAGACCAUCAAAGACUAUCGCAACUCUACAUUCGUGGUCUUACCAUGGCAGCAAUCACUCGUCACAUCCAUCCUCUCUGCCGGUACCUUCUUCGGCGCCAUCAUGGCUGGUGAUAUUGCUGACUUUAUCGGACGUCGUUUCACAAUCAUCAUGGGAUGUGGUAUCUUCAUUGUCGGAGGUAUCCUCGAGACAGCCUCUACUGGACUUGGUGUCAUGGUUGCUGGUCGACUUAUCGCCGGUUUCGGUGUGGGUUUCAUCUCGUCCAUUGUCAUUCUCUACAUGUCUGAGAUCGCACCCAAGAAGGUCCGCGGUGCUGUAGUCGCUGGCUAUCAGUUCUGCAUUACCAUCGGUAUUUUACUCGCCAACUGCGUUGUAUAUGCCACUCAGAACAGACGCGACACUGGCUCCUAUCGAAUUCCGAUCGCCGUUCAGUUCCUGUGGGCUAUAAUUCUGGCUAUCGGUCUCGCUCUCCUCCCAGAGUCACCUCGUUACUGGGUCAAGAAGGGCAAGCUUGAUAAAGCUGCUGCCGCCCUCGGCCGUGUUCGUGGUCAACCUCUUGACUCCGAAUAUAUACAGGAUGAACUCGCCGAGAUUCUUGCUAACCACGAAUAUGAGAUGUCCGUUGUUCCCCAGGGCAGCUAUCUCGGCUCAUGGAUGGCUUGCUUCAAGGGAAAGCUCUCUCAGCCCUCAUCCAACGCCCGUCGCACUACGAUUGGCAUCUUCAUGCAGGCUAUGCAGCAGCUAACUGGCAUCAACUUCAUCUUCUACUUCGGUCCAGUCUUCUUCCAGCAGCUCGGCUCCAUCAGCAACCCCUUCCUCAUCUCUCUCGUCACAACUCUUGUCAACGUGCUGUCCACCCCGGCCUCGUUCGUCAUGGUUGAGAAGAUUGGAAGACGCCCUCUUCUCGUCUUUGGAGCUGCUGGCAUGGUUAUCAUGCAGUUCAUCGUCGGAGCUAUCGGAGCCACCGCUGGCAGAAACACUGCCGACCAUCCUGCCAACCCGAAUGCUACCAGAGCCAUGAUCGCAUUCAUCUGCUUGAACAUCUCCGUCUUCGCUACAACCUGGGGACCGUGUGCCUGGAUUGUGAUCGGCGAGAUCUUUCCUUUGACUAUUCGAUCUCGUGGCGUCGGUCUGUCCACGGCUAGCAACUGGUUCUGGAACUGCAUCAUCGGUAUCAUCACGCCUUAUCUUGUUGCUGACCGCGACGACUCCGCUCGUAUGGGAUCAAAUGUCUUCUUCUUGUGGGGCUCGCUCUGCUGCGUUUCAUUCUUUUUCGCCUACUUCUUUGUUCCUGAAACUAAAGGUCUUACGCUCGAGCAAGUCGACAAAAUGUUGGAGGAGAGCACCCCUCGCACCUCCCGCAAUUGGAAGCCCCACAGCACCUUCGCCGGUGACAUGAACCUCGCUGAUAAGCAUAUCGAGAUUCCCCUCGAGAACCUCACUACUAAGCACGAGACCUCUACAGUCUAG